UCCAAGUGCAACAGUAGAUCGUGCCGGGCAAGCCAGAAGAUCGCCAGUUUAGUAAAAGCCUUCCCGGGAAGCCGAAUGCAUUAGAAGUUGUGUUUAAGUUCAACGGUUAAGCUCACGUAGUUGUAGCUCUUCUAUCCGAAUUCUGCGUCGCGUAGUGCUGUAAAAGUGUUUUCCUUCUACUAAUAUUUAAAAACAAAACUUUGGAUUGUUAUCCAUCCCUCCCCCCAGAAGCUAAUAAAAGGGUGGAGAUACAUUUUUAUCUACUUAAAAAAAAGCAAGAUUUGCACGUACUACACACGUGCUGUUGCUGCUGGCGCUCGGUUCACUAAACAUUGCACCAACAGAAGAAGCAAAGCGCAUACCCUUUUUUUACGUACGUACGUUUCAAUUCAAUGUGUUUGAUAACAUCGAUUUUAAACUGUUAAAAACAAUCAUAUUUAAAGAGCCGGCGAAGAAGAAAAGCAAAAACAGGCGCCAUAUUGUUCUGUUCUGUUGCCCGCAUUGCCAUCUUUUCAAUUCCGAGAGCAAAGUUCAUUGAACCUUCCAAUCUUGCCGAACAUCUCGCUCUUCUCCGUGUGAGUGCGUAUUUGUGUAGCAGCAGCAGCAGUAGUCCCUGGCAACGCACGCCUAGGUAACGAUUGAGCCGGGUGAUAUGAUGAAAUUCGCUAAUUCGGACACGACGACAAUGUCGUUGCGGCAUGGUGAACAAUAUGAAAAUUGUUCGGAGCUGCUUAUCGAACCAGCAGAUAUGACAUCGCUCGAAGAAUUGGAUCCGGCUAUCCUGAGCUGCGGUUUGCCGGCCAUCGUACUCAACGAGGAGGAUCUAGCAUCGACAACGACCGCGACGACGCAAAACCCUGCCCUGCCGUCGUCCCUCCUGGGUUCCUUCAAUGUUGCUGCCGCCACCGCAGCCAACGUGAUCCGCUACACGGUCGCCCAUUUGCUGGCCCUUAGAAAGAGCCCGUUCUCCCAUCGACGCCCGGCCGCAAUCGACGAUCCGCGCACGGCACAGUAUCCGAUAUGGAGCCGUAACGGUUUUAACCAUCAGGACCCUCGGGGACGCCGGGCAGGCGGUGGUAACGACGAGGAGCAGCUCGGCUACGGUCGCAAACCGAACGAUCGUCAACGCGACAAUGGCUUCAAUCCGCCAAGAUUUCGACGUAAUCAUGAGUUUAGCAACCGGAACCAUCACGUGAUCGUGAAAAGCUACAAUGCGGGUGAUCCUGCCGGGCACAACGGUGCGAUGCGCCUGCAGGAUACGAUCAUCGAGGAGGAACCGGAGUGGGUUGUCGGUGGUCCCACCUCCCGGCUGGAUACGAUCGAGCUGCGUGGCUUCGAUGAGGAUGUUAGCCGCACGGUAUCGGAAUCGCUGAAAACGUCGCCCCCUUGUGGAAAGCAGCGUGGCGCCUUCUUCGACGAGCUGCUCCACUACGAGCACGUUCAUCCGAAGCAUCAUGGUGGGGCGAAACACGACAUGUCGGGUAGUGCCGGCGAUGGGGAGAGUGUGUCCACCUCGAACAACGGGUCUCCACCACCGGCCCGCAGCACUCCGACGAAGAGUGGUCCGGACAUGAACAAUAACGGUGGGCAUGGACGGAAGCUGUCCGGGUUGGCUGCGGGAUGUUCCUCUUCCGGUGGCGGUGGUGUCAAUGUGUCAAACUUUGAGGAACUCAUGAAGUUCGACUCGAUCCUGGGAGAUUCGGGCGAUUCGUCGAGUUCCCGGUUCAACAAAUACUACCACCGUGGAACCGGCGGUGUCGGUUCCGGAUCGUCUGGUGGACAACAGCACCACUAUCAGAAUCAUCACGCGCAUCAGCAUCAUCACGUCCGUUUUGCGCUCGAUCGGAACACGCAUCACUACAGCAAUGCUCCGCCGCAGCACCAUCCGAACCGGCAGGCCGGUUCCGGACGGCUGCCAAUGUCGGCCCUCCAGCAUCCUCCCGCCGGUGUCGAAUCGUACAUCCCGGGCGGAUCAUCCGGCGGCUUACCCACCGCCGGUGACGCAAAGUCCUUCCAGCGGCUGCUGGAAAUGUUGGCCGCCCAGAACCAACGCAACUAUCAGCAGCAUCAGCAGCACUACCUGCUGCAGCUGCUACAAAACUGCCAGGAAACGGAAACGCUCCGUCAAAUGUUGCUGAAGAAAUGUUCGCUGGAAAAUGCGGUCACCACCACCAACCUGACGGGGGGCGGUCAGUCGCAAAGCCAGCGCAUACCAACGCAGGCUGAACUGCAGCAGCACACGCAAACGAUCAUGCAGCAAGCGCUGCUGCGGAAGAAGAUCGCCGAACAGAGCCGAUAUCUGCUGGAGCAACAGACCAACGGUCAGGAACCGAUACCGGCCGUCCAGCAGCUGAUACAAUCGAUCUGCCCGAACGUACAGCGCAGUCUGUCCGUGCUGGCCGGCAAUGGAUCAUCGCAGCACGCCGGGCCGGAAGGUAGAAACGAUCCCGGAGCUGCUGCUGUAGGUGGUGCCAUGUUUGCUGGUGGCAAUCGUGCAGGCCAAAUGAGACAUUCGAACAGACGUUACUAGCCCCCUGCCUCAAACCUUUAUCCCUUUCUAUGGGGGCUACGGUUUGGAGCGAUUUUGCGAUUUGAUUUUAUACUUCUACUACUCCUUUCAUUCGGAAAAUGAUCAUCUCCUAACUGCCACAUAAAAGCACCCGCGCAAUUUGAAGGCAAACGCUGCUUGAUUUUGAUAUUUGGAUGGUUUGAAAUUUAUGCUUCUCUUUUAUUAAGUUACUACACUAUUUCUACUACUUCUGCCUGUUUCUUUGUGUUUGGUGUGUUAGGAGAAUACUUUGCAAAUAGAAAACGGUUAAUGUGCAAUAGCUUUUGGUAUAGGAGAAACCCGAAGCGUCGGAACAAGGCUGGUCUCCAUGAUCCAGCGUAGGCAGUGCACACCCCAGCAUCACGCGGCCUAGGCAAAGAUCGAUUUUACGUUCCCAAACAUCAUUCCGUAGGGUUUGCUCUAUCAUUUUUCUUACCUAUAAAUGUAAAUUAAUAUUUCAUGUUUGA